AUGGCAGACGCAGCAUCGAGGGCCUGGACGGAUCCUUAUAAAACUGUGUGGACUAACUUUUCUGUGUCGUGGGAACAGACAGCCGUGCCGCCAAUCUUUCGCAAACUCUACACGAACUUCUCGAAGGACUUCAAUCCCGCUCACUGGCCUCGCCAUCAAACGUUAAAUACUCAGCUACUUGGUCACAGUGGGUGCGAUGGUGCACGGAAAUGCGACUGCCUAAAUGGUUACCCAAGGACGAAGAGCGCCAUUCAUUUUAUCAGCUCGCACUUUUCGCAAUCUACUGCUGGAAAUUCGGAUGGAACUCGUCCGAAAGAGGCAACUCUACCUCCACCGUGCUCUCCAAACUCUGCCACAUCUCGUGGUAUCACAAGCGCUUCGUCGGAUACAAAGUCGGACUGUCCCCCGGACACCAACUUGCUGUCGUCGGCAUGCGCAGAGAAGACCCUCUAA